CUGAAAAACUGGAGCACAGUGGAACCUUUGUUUUUCACUCUACGCAUAAACUGGGAGAAAGGGAUUGUUUUGAAACCAUGGCAGAGAAAACAGAGGGAUUUCCCUCCUCCACCCAGCUGCAGUCACGCCGUGCUUUCUUCUUUUCAUAAAUGCAGAGGAACCGGUUUCCCCCUUCCUGAACAGACAUUCAAAACAGACAGCACACAAACACACCCCACACCUCACACACACACAUUUCCAUGUUGUCUCUUCCUCACAUGCACAAACUCGUUAAAAAAAACACCCCACCCUGUGGGACUCUGCUGCCAGCUGUUUCUGGUUAGGCAGUUGGGCCUGCAGUGAAGAGGCGGAGCAGGCAGGCAAAAGUCAUGGAGCGGCAGCUGGAGCUCGCUGCCCUGGGUCUGGCCCUCACAGGGUGGCUUUGUGCCAUUCUGACACGCUGCCUGGCCCUGUGGAAGGUGAGCGGCACCCUGGACAACACCACGGCAACUCUGCCUGCCUACUGGGAUGGGGUGUGGCUGGAAUGGGAUCACUGGGACCUGGCCCACGAUGGCAGCCUGCACUGCUCUUUCUACCAAUCGCUCAUGUCCCUUUCUGGAAGCUUUCGGACGUGGAGAGCUCUCAUAAUGGCAGCCAUCGGAGCCGGGGCUUUUGCUGCGGUGAUUGGAGCAGCGGGGGCGGUGUGGUUCCCCAUGCGUGGCCAGAUCAAAGUAUUUUCUGGUGUCCUCUUUGUUUUGUCUGGCAUACUGUUGCUUGUUCCCACAGCCUGGACGUGCCAUCACACCAGCCAGCCACUGGAGGGUGUUGUGUUGCUGAGAAGAGACUGGGGACCUGCACUGUACCUUGGAUGGAUCUCCUUUGCUUUGAUGCUGGUGGGAGGGGUGUUUCUCACCACCAGAUGCCCCACUAGUGAGAGACAGGUACAGCAGCCUGAAGAUAGCAGGAAUCCAAAUGUAGAAGACGAGGCUAGUCACCCGCUGAGCAGGAUCAACAGGACUACGUUCACGCAAAGCCAGUAUGAACGCAGAUCACAGCCUAUCUGAGGGGACUGUGAUGUAAUAUUUGAUGACAGAGUGUGAGUGAUUGAACUGGAAAAUCAUUAAUAUGUGAAAUGACUGUGGAUGGAUUUAACAGCAGAGGAAAACUUCUGGCUGCACAUGUUGAGUAAUGAUGCACUGGAUUAACAAUGUAUGAACUUAACAUUAGAAAGUAAAAGCACGUGUCAUGUAGCUAGUUUUUAGAUUUACAUCUUGUUUUGCUGUUUCUUCAUGUUUAUUGAAGCUAACACACUGUAUAUACUGUAUGUUAUUGUUUUACAUUCAAUCCUAACUUCCUCCAAUUCAACAUCACUGUAAAGUUACACGUUUCCGUUUGCUUUACUAGGUGAAAUUAUUGAUACUAAACUGACAUUAAGACAUUACAGCCCUCUGACACCUUUAAUACACUGUAAUGGCUCAAAUGUGAAUGAGUUAAUAUUGAUCUUAAAACUGAAUACUGUAUUGCACAAACACAUUGCCCUACACUAGAGUAAUGCAAUUGUAUAUCUGUUUUGUUAAGAGUGGCAAAAAUGUUUACAUCUGAGAUUAAUUCUGCACAAAUAAAGCAUUGCAAAUGA